UGCGAACUCAAGGACGAGCUCUGGUUCAUUGAAUUCGGGCGCGGCGCUGCUCUACCUACCACGCCGGAGGAGACCAGCCCUACGGCGGUGCACAAGGACGCCAAGCGCCAACAGAACAGGCCGCUGAGGCCACGCCGGGGCCUGUCCCUCGACCGGCUCAUGCCCAACACCGCGCGACCCCCUCUGCCGCACGCCGUCACCGUCGACGCUCCCCGCCGCCCUCGCCGCGACCGGCCUCCUCUCCGGCGCUCCAUCCGGCUGGAGGACGACGACGGUGCGGCCGAAGAACGUCGCCGAGUCUUCGGCCACGGCCCGCGCGCGCCCUCCUUCGACGAAGGCGACGUCAGCGACGAGCACGAGGAGUGUGAGUGUCGCCGUUCCUUCGAGCGCUCCGGCCCGUCCACUGACACGCCCGAAGAAGACGAAUACGAACCAGAGUUCGCCACCUCUCCUCCAGCAGAUCCGAUAUCGAUCGAUAAAAACUCACGCGGCGCGUCCGCGGAUCGCGUGCUCGACCGGCGCGACGCCCCGCUCACACUCCGCGUGCCCGCUCGUGCCCACUCGCAAGGCGUCUUUGAACGACGUCUGCCUAGAAUUUAUAAGUUAGGUUUAAUGGAUAAGUCGAAACGAGCCAGCUCGAGCGCGCUCUACGAGCGCGUAGAACGUUCGCCGACUGAAGCAUUCUAUAACGCUACAGGUUCGACGCGUUUGAGCUCGCAGGAACUGUUUGAAAAAUUUUGUUCAGAAGAUUUCACAUCCUUGUACGGGCGGGAGGACGACCGGCGUCGAAGACCUCCACAUUCAAAAUCUACCGGGAGCAGCGGCUCGGACGUCAGGCACGAGCGAAAUUGCUGCAAGCGGAUGCCGUGCGGGUCCCAGCCUGCUCUGACACGCCGCCACGUCUGCCACGCGCCGCGCUCGGACCGUUCCACUGAUUCUGAAGACACCUCACCGCGACGGAGUAAUUUUAAUCCCCUACCACUGGAUGAAACACAGCCCACAGACGACUGUUCCCGAUCGGCUCCCUUACUCAGUCCGGAUCGAUUCGAAGCCAGAUUCACUUUCGAUAUAUCUGAACGCAGUGAGGUCACUUCCAAUCGCGACGAAACACCAUCCGAUGCGACCGAGACGCGAAAUUUGACCUUGUACGAGGAGCCUCACUCGGAUCGAACUAGCAUCUGUGAGCUGUACGACGCAGCUUUUUCAUCGCAUCGACCUUCGUUUCGACGCGACAGUUCGCGACGGCGCGGAGGGCCUUUCGAUUUGAGCGCUCUCGACUUUCGCGCCAUCGACGACGAGAGUCCCCGCGCCAGCAGACGGACGUCACAAAGGAGCGUCGACGAUACUUUCCGACAGAAUUCGGAAUCUCGAAGUUGGGCCUCGGACUCCGUGUUCACUACGCCGGAACGUCGCCAAGUCGAUACUUCGCCCUCGUCGACCGGCACGAGACGUUACCUAACGGCUCAGGGUGAUUCAACACGAGCCGAUUCAGCCACCGCGGACUCCACAUUCGGUGAAUCGACGGCCGCGGAUGAGCUUCCGAGCGUUAUAGAAAGAUCUGAGUAUGCACUUGCAGUAAAGUUGGGUCGAAUAGAAUUAGAUGAGAGCUCAGAGCGGCCGGCGUCGACUCCGCUCGCGGAAGGCGCUAGGCUGUCGAGUCGGCCGUCGAUGCACAAGCUGGAACCGAUCGAGCCCGAGCGGCUGUGCGGCGGCGACGCGGCGGACGCGGCGGAGGCGGGCGACGCGCCGCAGCGGCGACGCCGCGGCGCCAGCGAGCCGCGGCGGGCGGCGCGCUGCUUCCCGCUCUGA